ACAAGGUAAGCUGGUAAUCCACAGACGCGACCGAACCAGAUAAAAUUUCAUACAAGGUUUGAACGGAACAGUUUGCCAACACUUGAACUCAAUCUGUGACAAAUCUUGAAGGCCUACCUUUAAAACGAAAUCUUUUGCACGUUUACAAACAACACUCCGCUUAGUUCAAGAUACGGCGUAUCCUAUCGAGUCGAAUGGGAUUGUGUUUUGUUUUUCAAGAAGAAAUCAAUAGUAUUUGAUGUUGUGUCUGAAUAAACGACGAUAAUGGACGAAGAUCUUAUAGAAACAGCAAUUGGUCGUUUUGGAAAAUAUCAAACAUGGAUUCUGUUACUUAUUUCAAUCGGAAGGUUCCCUACAGAAUACCAGUUAAACAACGUGGUAUUUAUUAUACCCAGUGUUGAGUACAAGUGCCUGGACAAUAACGUGACGAAUUACUGCCCUUGCCAAAACCCUGAAUACGAUACCAAUACCAUAAUCAGUUCGGUAACAAGUGAAUUUGACCUCAUUUGCAACAAAACCUACUUGGCCAGUUUAGCUCAAUCGAUGAUGCAAAUCGGAAUAUUGGCAGGCAGUUUAAUAUUUGGAUAUUUUUCUGACAGGUACGGCAGGAAAAUUGUUGUAUUGAUAUCACUAUUCUUGGAAGUGGUUUUCGUGGCUAUUUCUGCAGUAAUCCCGAACUUAUGGCUGUUUCUUGUAUUCCGGUUUUUAAUUGGAGUAGCAGUUGGUGGCACUAUGUUAUGUUGCUACGUACUCAUCAUCGAAUUAUGUGGCAAGUCGUUCAGACCUUACGCAUCUGGACUCCAAGAAAUGCCAUUUUUGAUAUCAUAUAUAAGUCUCCCAAUCAUAGCGUAUUUUGUGAGAGAGUGGAGACAACUACAGCUAGUGACGUCAGUACCAUGGAUCAUCGUCAUAGCAUAUUACUGGCUGAUACCUGAAUCUCCUCGAUGGCUGAUCACUGUUGGAAGAAAGCGAGAAGCUAUUGCAAUCCUUACACACAUUGCUAAAAGGAAUAAUAGACCAACAGAUCAAAUUGAAAGUAUCGUCGAAAAGGUUGAGUUGCAGAACAAGAACCAGACACAGACGGGCACAUUCGUGGACCUAUUUAAGACUCCGAAGAUCAGAGCGUACACAUUAAUAACUGCGUGUAUUUGGAUGUUCUGCUCACAUACGUUCUUCGGUCUCAACCAAUACAUCGGCCGACUUCAAGGAAACAUUUAUCUCAACGUGAUACUGUCCGCUGCGUGCCUCACGCCAGGUUUAUGUCUAGUCAUCUUCGCGACGUUGUACUUAAGACGGAAAGUGAGCGUCAUAUCUAGUUUCACAACGGCUGCCGUAUCUUUAUUAGUAUUUAUUUUCAUACCGAGUGAUAUGAGAGCUGCUACUUUAGCAUUUGCUAUAAUAGGUUUGACAGGAGCCUAUACGUCUUUUGUUCAAGUGUAUCUAUACUCUUCAGAAAUAUUCCCUACAGUGAUAAGGAACAGUGCUAUAGGUUUUGCCUCAAUGUUUGCUAGGUUCGGAGGUUUUAUAGCACCUUUUGUUGUGAAUAUAGGAACAGAAUGGGUUUCUAUUUUAAUUUUCAGUGGAGUUGCGUUUAGUGCAGCAAUUCUUUGUUACUUCCUUCCUGAAACGAAGGCUACAACACUUCCUAAUACGAUUGACCAAAGAGAACAGGCAAAGUCGUAAAAUUAUUUUUUAUUUAAAUUAUAUACAGGAUACGUAUUCGUGUAAGGUUAUUGUUAUGUUAAAUGUUAGAGCUAAGUAAUCAGUUAAACAAUAAGACUUACAAGUGUCCUCGAGGUCAUUUAGUUUUAACUAAUCAUGCUAAUUACCUUACUAAAUAUAGAAUAACAGAGCGAGAACAAUAAUUUAUUACUAAUUAAAACAAGAAAUAAAUAUUCUAAAAAUAA